GUUUCUUGGAGUUGAGAGAGGUGCUGCUCGCUGUAAAAUAGGACAAGUUGACGCAUGUGUGGGAGCGCACACUACGGCGGAAUAAAUGCGGACACAAUAACUCAGUCGGCUGUUUUUAUUGAUCCGUCACUUAGAAAUUAAAAGGGCGUCUGGAAGGAGAAGGAAAGAAGAAGAGCCGGGAGACUAUUGACACUGCCUUCUUUCCUGGCAGGGUGUUUAUUUAUCCGCCCCGCAACCUCAACAAGAAAACGCAGCCUUUGCGGAAUAGUCACAUUGAAGACGACACGUGUGGAUGGUUAACCACAUGUUUUCUGGGAGGAGGACUUCUGCCUGAUCGCUUCACUGUAUCCGUUGUCGCAUUGUUUUUUUUUUUUUUUUAUCGGUUCUUCAUUUUAAACAUAAAGCUACUCUCGAUACGUUGUGUCUUUUCUCCAUCCGGAUCUAUUGCCGUGAUGUCGGAGGUUGACGUCUCUGCGGACUGUGUCCCCAGCCGACCACCGGGGCGGACAGAGGACAUGUUGAAAGAGAACCAGGAGAACAGGACUUUGCUGAUGGUGGCAAUGAUUUUACUGGACUUGAACAAAUGCAAUCCUAAUACUAUCAGCACUGGAGCCAGCAUAUGUCUCGGGGGCAGCGACACCGGCACGCAGGAGAAGGUGGAGCGGGGAAGUUGUCGGCUGACCGCCGGGGACAGCCGGGACUCGUUGGCACCCAAACGGUCCCGGAACAAGAAGGCGGCGGCGGCAGCGGCGGGGAGGAGGCAGGAGUCCCCCGAAAAGAGACACUGCUGCCCCUUUACCGGCUGUGGGAAGAUGUAUGGCAAGUCGUCCCACCUCAAAGCCCACCUUAGGGUCCAUACCGGUGAGCGCCCCUUCGAAUGUACCUGGCCAGACUGUGGCAAGAAGUUCUCACGGUCAGACGAGCUGACCCGUCACUAUCGCACGCACACGGGCGAGAAGCGCUUCAACUGUCCAAUGUGUGACAAGUGCUUCAUGAGGAGCGACCACCUGACUAAACAUGCCCGACGUCAUGCAGGCUUCCAUCCCAGCAUGCUCCAGGGCUCCAGUGCAGCUAAGAGACGCCGCUGCUCUAUGUCUGUGUCCUCUGAUUCUGGAGACCAAAGCCCUGUAGGGGUGUGAGACACACCCACACACUGUACAUAUAUACACAUAAAGGUACAUGUAGUCGAUACAGAGGCAUACACAAGCAUGGACACACCCACAUGUGUGGAGUGUGCACCUACCUACACACAAACAAAUCCCUUCAAGUCAGACAACCCCACCAGCCAGGCACAUUGUGCAACAGCAAACUAGAGCUUCCCCCUCUUAUCCCCUGAGGUGACUGGUAUUUAUAAAGGGUUAUUCAGGGUCUGUCAGACAGGUCGAGUUGUUUUGCCAUUUCUAAUUAUUUUAAUUUGCAUUGUGUGACUUUUUUUUUUUUUCAGGAAGAACGUGCCAUCCAAGUGGUAUUCAUGAACGAACAUACUGUAGUUUUUAUAAACACUACAUGUUUCACUUUGCAUCACAGACAUCAGGAAAAAAAAAUCUUACGACUGAGAUAUUCCCAGCUAGUCAAAAAGUUUUGGGAAUAGUCCUUUGGUGAAUGUUACUAUUGCACACAUAUACUUACACUUGCACAGUUAUUCUUCAGUGCAGAACAAGGCAAAUAUACAGAUUAGCAGUAUUAUCAUGUAAAUAGAUUAAACAGAAUACCUUUCAGAUGGACGAUAUACUCAGUAUACUGUAGUUAAGUGUUAUUAGAGAGUAAUAAGACAAAGCUAUAUUAUAGAGAAUUACAGAUUUUGGGUAUUUAAUUUCAUACGUUUGGCUAUGGACGUAGUAAAUCAGGUAUACUGUGAGCUUGUAGGUGUAGACAGUGUGUUUCCUGUGUUGAAACAUAAAUGUUGCCACAUGAUGAUAAACUUGCAAAUACUUGCACCAAAAUACCUUUAAGGUACUUUGGAAAGGCCAUGAUACAUAAGCAAACCUCACGGGCAAAUAAAUGUCGUCUUUUGUGUUGCUUUUUCAGGCUUGAAUUGUGUCAGUAGUGCAGGAAAACACAACAGGGCAAAGCCUUCUACAGGUAAAGUGGUAACUUUACUUCUUCCCCUCUUCUGUGUUAAGAACACAUUGAUUCAUGUUUAGUAAAAAAAAAAAAAAGUGUGCAAACUGUAAACAGGAAUGUCUACACUUUUUAUGGGUUUUGUAGCAGAGAGGAAUUUCUACAUUUUCAACCUUUGGAAAUACUACCUGAAUGAACAUUGUCAGAUUAUUUAUGUUGAUAUUCAAUACUCUGAAUAUCAAUGACUGUCUCUUAUAUAGAUAUAUGUAUAUGUAUACCAACAGUGCCAGUUGCUGUACAUUGAAACUAACUUUUGUUUACUCUGUAUCUGGACUGCAUUUUAUCAGGGAAUAAUGUGAUGCAUGGUUAUUUCAAUUAAUAUUACACCACCUGGUGGUGACAUGGAAGCACAACAUUUCUCACAACAGAAAGUCAUAAAAGUCUUUUUUUAUUUUUUUUAUUUUCUGUCCUAGCAUUUGAAGGCACACCCUUUUGAUUAGUUUGUUUGUGAAUCAAUGAAUUCCAUCAUGUAGCAUGUUUAUAUGUAUUUGUUUGGUACAAUGUAUUUUUUAUUUGUCUGGUAAUCUUUUGUAAUAUUACUAAUGGGAUGAGAGGUCUUAUUCGUACACUACAGGAGCCAGGAACAUGAUUGAUGUCAUUACUUUUCUUUUUAUACUUGCCACAUAAUGCAUUAAAACAUCCAGACAGAGUGUAAAGUUAUGGGUAGUAAACCCCGUAGAACACAAACUACAUACAUUUGUAACAUGAAAUGCUGUUUUUUCUUUUCUGGCAUUAUGACAACUGUGAUUAGAUGUUGGUGCCUUUCAGGUCGGAGCCCUUACUUCUGAUGCUACUGUACUGUAAUCAGGGACUGUCGGUGCAGACCCCAUGUUAUCGCAAUAUACAUGCAGAUGGGUGACAAAUUAAAAGAAAAAAGCUGAAUAAAUGAGUGGAGAAACAUACACUUAAAGAAUGCAGGUGAUCCCACACAGGUGUACUGCAUGGUGCAAUUAAGCAGUUAACAUCCACUCAUGCUCUGUGUCAUGUAUAAGAAGGCUGAGCAGGCCCAGGUGAUUCUGAUUUUGUAUCAAGAUGGAAAGAGGAAAAGAUCUAAGUGACUUUGAAAGAAGGUCCAUCAUUGUUGGGGAACAGAUGGGAGAAACUUCAAUCACAAAGACUGAUCAACUGGCUAGUGUUUCAAUAUGAACAGUGACUGAAGUAACAUUAGCAUUUAGAUUUGUGGGAAAGACGUCAUUAAAUAUGGUCAGAAACUGUGGUCAUCAGCCCACAUGCUGGCAUGGUUUGGGGAAGGGAAGUGUUACUGCAAGUAAAUCAAUGCAAAGUUGUUCUGAGUGAUCAACUUUAUCCUAUGAUAAAUCGUGCCUAUCCUGAUGGAGUGGUCUCUUCUAGGUUGACAAUGCCCCAAAUCAUUGAGCAUGAUUGGUCACUUAAUGGUUUGAUGAGCAUGAAAAUGAUGUGAAUCACUUGCUGUGGCCUUCACAGUCACCAGAUCUCAACCUAGUUGAACACCUAUGGGGGGUUUUGGACUGUCAGACGGUGCUCUUCACCUCCAUCAUUAAAACACAGAACAAACACAAAUGAGGGAACAUCUUUUAGACGAAUGGUUUUCAUCCUCCAGUAGAGUCCAGAGAUUUGUAGAAUCAAUGCGUGUGGUGGCCCAACACAGACACUUUAUGUUGGUUUUUCCUUUUAAUUUGUCACCUGUCUGCAGCUGUGUAAUAAUUACUGCUCUAAAGUUUUAACAUUAAAGUUAUUUUUUCUUUCUAAA